UUCUCUGUCUCUGCCAAAACCUCAGAUCGGAAAAAACGGAAAUUCGAAAAACCCUAAGUUUCGAAAGAUGAGAAUCGCUCGUUUCGCUACUCGUUCCAUCAACGACGUAGCGUUCCUCCGACCAUUUCGUUCCAUCGUCUCUAGAAGCCUCGCCACCAACGCUAACGAAGAUCCAAACCAGAAUCGAUCUUCUUUUGACUCAUCGGACAAUCUCGAUUCGUUGUUUGGCGACUACAAUGGCAACGAUGAGAAAAGCAGUGGUUUCUUCCAGCAUCUUAGUAAAGCGGAGAAAGAUAAGCGCGAUUUCAAUGGCUAUAAUAGAUCAGGAGGGUCGAGAUACUCCGGUGGUAGUUCAAUGAACAAGGACGAGAGCUUUGAUCCUUCAUCUGAUGGUGUUGAUGGGAAAUUGAAAGAAGCUGCACUAUUUUACAAUAUGGAUGAAGGAGAUGGCUUGAAGGAGUACUCGUUUAGGCCCGAUUUCAACAACAGUUGGGGCAUUAAUAACUUCCCUAGGAUGCAGAAACAGAUGCAAAAUCCUAGACAGAAUAAUAACAAGUCUGAGGUAACUACUGAGGAAGUUUUGAAGAAUGCUGAUUUCAGGAAUGUUAGGUUCCUUGCAAAGUUCAUUACCGAAGCUGGGAUCAUCAUUAAGAGGAAGCAGACUGGCAUUAGCGCAAAGGCACAAAGAAAGAUUGCUAGAGAGAUCAAAACAGCCCGUGCAUUUGGCCUUAUGCCUUUCACAACAAUGGGUACAAAGGCAUUUCAGUUUGGGAAAACCAUGGAGAACAGAGAUCAAGAUUUCGAAUAUGAAGUGCUUGAUGAUGAUGAUGAGUUUGACGAGGGAAAUGCUUGAAUCUGAAGGAUUGGAUUGGGUUAGUUUUCAUUUCCAGGGAUUUGGUCAAAUUAUUUGGAAUAAGCUACUGUUAUCAAG